GAAAGAUGCGACAAAUGGGAGGAAGAAGUCAUGGAGGGAUCUCUAAGGCUUUUGGAUAUUUGCGGUGCAGUUAGAGAUAUCUAUUCACAGAUGAAUGAAACUGUCCAUGAACUCGAGUCAUCUGUGAGAAGGAAAACCGAAAUCUCAACAACUGUGCUCUCUCAAAAGGGCUUGAACAAAAUGAUCAACAAAUGUUACAAGGAAAUCAAGAACGUGGCAGCAAGUAAAAAAGAUUCUUCAUCAUCAGAGGCAAUCCCUCUGGUGAAUCUGAUGAAACAAGUCCAAGAAGUUAGCGUAAACGUGUUGGAUUCAACCCUUUCUCUGAUCUCUACAUCACCAAAGGCUGCAGCAAAGUGGUCCUUGGUAUCGAAGUUAUUACAACAAAAUAAAGCAUCAUCACAGGAAAUUCCAUUCAUGCAGAAAAUGCAAGCUGAGUUGAAGUCAUACAAGGAAGGAGAUGUUGUCCAAACGAGGAAACUUCUCAGGACGUUAAUCCAGUUCGAAGAAUUGUAUACUAUUUUUCUGAAGCACUACAAGAGAGAAUCGACCACGAAUGUUGAAUAUUUCUUUCCGAAGAAUUUGAAAAACUGA